UUAAAAGUCAAAACAAAUAAAUUUCUGUGGUUAGUGGUUAUUUCUUUUAAAUUUAAAUUAUUUGAGAAGUUAUUCAAUAUUCUAUUCUGUUCAGGUCAAAGGAUUGCACACGAAAAAAUGGCCUUCUCCUUUGGAAACACUAGCACACCACAAAAGCCGACUGGUUUUGCCUCACCCUUCGGCUCCACCCAACCAACAACCACCCAAACCACUAGUUUUGGUUUCGGUCAAACUCAACCUGCUCCAUCAUUCGGUUCAACUUUCGGAACUGCCCCCACAACUGCUCCACCCGCAUUCGGCGCCACCAACACUUUUGGUACAACAAACGCAGGCUUUGGUGCUACAAAUACAGGUUUCGGCGCCACAAAUACAAGUUUUGGCGCCACAAACACUGGUUUUGGCACUACAAACACAGGUUUUGGUGGUUCCACUUUUGGUACGCCUGCGGGCGGUACUGCGGCACCCGCUUUUGGCAGUAGCUUUGGCAACACUCAGGGUAGUACUUUUGGUAAUACUCAGACUCAGGCGACUACCGGAAUGUUUGGACAGCAGCCAGCAAAACCGGCUGGCGGACUUUUUGGUGCGACUACUACUUCGACUGCAAGUUUGUUUGGUGGUCAACCCACUCCUAGUUUAUUUGGUGCCAGUAAUCAGACUCAGGCUGCUCCAAAUUUAUUCGGAGGUAACACGACAACACCAUCACUAUUCGGUCAAACUGCAGCUCCCUCAACCACAUCCAGUUUAUUCGGUACCUCAUUCGGACAACCUGCAGCAAGUACUGCACCAUCUUUUGGAGGCAGUGGUGGUUUAUUCGGAACAGCACCUCAAAGUACUGCACCUUCGCUAUUUGGAGCUUCAACUUUCGGCCCAACCACUGCUGCUAGUGGUUUUAGCAGUUUCGGUGCUGCCGGUACCACCACGACAGGAUUUGGUGGUUUUGGUGCGGCACCUAGUACCAGCAUGUUUGGUGCAAAACCAGCUCAACCGGCUCAACUUGCUACAUCUCAAAAUAAAUCUCCACAAGUUAUCGCUUCGGUUUAUUCUAUCAAUGUUUACAAUGAUGAACGGGACGAGAUCUUGAAAAAAUGGAAUAUGUUGCAGGCGUGUUGGGGUACUGGAAAAGGUUAUUAUCACCCGUCACAACCUCCUAUUGAGUAUAAUACAACAAAUCCUUUUUACAGGUUUAAAGGUAUAGGUUAUAAUGCAAUACCAGAACAGGAUAAUUCUGAAGGAAUAGUGAAAUUGGUUUUUCUCAAGAAGGUAGCAGAUAUGAAAAACCAAAAGGAAGUAUUGAAAAACGGCAUUGGUGGAAUUUUGGGAAAUCGACCCAAUUUAACUGUAGAAGUUUUAUCCAUUAGGGCUGUGUCUGAUACUCAGACUGAGGUAAAAAUCUGUGUAUCUGAAAAAGGUGUAACCGGAACAAGUAAAAAAAUCCUAGCCACCGAACUAUCAACUUUCCUCAAUCAACCCACCCAAAAACAACAACUCGUAGCCGUCGGAGUACUUUUAACGACACCAUUCGUAACUCCCACCAAAGCCGAACUUCAAGAAUACUUGAAAAAUCCUCCACCCGGUUUGGAACCGCAAAUGUGGCAAGCAGCAAUUCAAGACAACCCCGACCCUGCAAAAUAUAUUCCAGUUCCCAUAAACGGAUUUUCCGAUCUUCGGGCCAGAAUCUUGAACCAAGAGUAUCAGAACGGUUUGCAUUUGGCUUAUGCGGAGAAAGCCCAUGCAGAUGUUGUCGAUUUGCAGACUAAACAUUCCAGAUCUGUGGCGCAAAGUGCUGAACUGAAGCAGAAGUUUUUAGAAUUGCAGCAUAGAGUUUUGAGAGUUUUAGUGAAACAGGAAUGUUCAAGAAACGUUGGCAUAGCUAUAAGACCAGAAGAAGAACAAAUGAGAGGUCGUUUGGAACUGAUUUAUCAGGCUUUAAAUAUGCCGAAUCAAUUCAAGGGUCAACUUAAUGAACUUCUAUCUAAAAUUAAAUUGAUCGAAAGUUCCGCCAUCAUUGAUUGUCAGUACAAUCUGGUUCCUGAAACUAAGGACGAUAUCAAACAGUUUUUGCAUAUGCAACAGAACGCUAUUGCCCAACUGAUAAACAUCGUUGCUAGUGACCUGCAAAGUUUGCAAAUCAUAACUAAAGGCCUGAAAGAGAUGAAAGAAGGACAAAGUCUAACUUCAUAGAUAGAUUGAAUGUUUAAACUAAUUAUAGUUCUUUUUACUUGAAAAAAAUUGUGAAUUUGUAAAUGCUUUUUUCAAUAAAGUUUCAGAUAUAUUUUGUUCAGGAAUUUAUUGUGUCUCUUCAAAAAACCCCUAAAAAAAU